AUGCGAGGAGUGCGCUCCGUCCGGUCACCGCAGUGCUCCGAGAACGUAAUAUCCCCUACAAGUGGGGAUACCCAUUCACCCUACUCACCCGACAUCAAGAGGCAUGGUCCUCAGCCAGAAGCCCUGAUGAAGUACCACGACUAUUGGAGGAAUUGGGAAUACUGCCUCGACCCCAGCGGGAACCACGGAGACGUAGAGGGAGAUCUCUGUCGGGUCCUCCUCCGAGAUGACGACAGGAACAUGGAGAACCUGCAGAUUGAGCACACCUCCAAGAUCUCUGCCCGAGGCACCCUAUUUCGAGCCCCGACUGCCUCCUCACUGGAGCCAUCUCCUUUUCUGUCUGGACUCAUAGGCCUAGACUCCCCUAUUUUGAUACAGCAGGGUGGGCUAUUUGCAGGACAACUUGGGGUGGAGGGAUAUUGGGAAGACGUGCCACCUCACGCUGAACACCCCCAAGACGCACUCCCCAUGCGCUGA